AACGCACGUCACCUUCAAGAAACUCGUCCCUUCCUUCCCAGCUCCCCCCCUCUCUCUCUCCCAAACUCUUUAAAUACACAGAUCCAUCCAGUAUUUUUGUAACCUGGAACGUGUUGCAUUUAUAUUCACGCUUUCUUCCGCCAUUUCUACCUGUCUGGUUUCUGCAAUUAUCUGCAGCGAACACGUACAGCCAUGGGAACUCAAGCUCCCAGUCAUCAGAACUCAUACGACAGCGCUGACACUGAUGAAAAACUAGCGAAGCAGAAAGCUAUUGAUGAAUGGCUUCCGAUUACUUCUGCGAGGAAUGCAAAAUGGUGGUAUUCAGCUUUCCACAAUGUCACUGCCAUGGUUGGAGCUGGUGUCCUCGGUCUCCCUUAUGCCCUAUCAGAGCUUGGAUGGGGUCCUGGUGUAGCUGUUCUAGUCCUAUCAUGGAUCAUUACUUUAUACACUCUAUGGCAAAUGGUUGAGAUGCAUGAGAUGGUACCUGGGAGACGGUUUGAUAGAUACCAUGAGCUUGGUCAGUAUGCUUUUGGUGAAAAACUCGGUCUCUAUAUCGUGGUGCCCCAACAACUUAUUGUUGAGGUUGGUGUGGACAUAGUCUACAUGGUCACCGGUGGGCAAUCGCUGAAGAAGUUCCAUGAUACAGUCUGUCCAGGUUGUAAAAACAUCAAAUUAACAUACUUCAUUAUGAUCUUUGCCUCUGUUCACUUUGUGCUCUCCCAUCUCCCCAACUUCAACUCCAUCUCUGGUGUGUCUUUGGCUGCAGCGGUCAUGUCCUUGAGUUACUCUACCAUUGCUUGGGGCGCUUCUGUUGAUAAAGGCGUUCAGCCAAAUGUGCAAUACGGCUAUAAAGCCAAGUCUACAGCCGGAACAGUCUUCAACUUCUUUAAUGCCUUGGGUACCGUGGCUUUUGCAUAUGCUGGGCACAAUGUAGUGCUCGAGAUCCAAGCAACAAUCCCAUCUACACCGGAAAAGCCUUCCAAAGGGCCCAUGUGGAGAGGAGUCGUAGUUGCCUAUAUAGUUGUCGCUUUGUGCUACUUCCCUGUUUCUCUGAUUGGUUAUUGGGUGUUCGGUAAUGAAGUACAAGACAAUAUUCUCAAGUCAUUGGAGAAGCCUAGUUGGCUUAUUGCAAUGGCUAACAUGUUUGUUGUCAUCCAUGUUAUUGGAAGCUAUCAGAUUUAUGCAAUGCCAGUGUUUGACAUGAUAGAAACCGUACUGGUAAAGAAAUUGCAUUUCAAGCCAAGUAGAACUCUUCGUUUCAUUUCACGCAAUGUAUAUGUGGCAUUGACUAUGUUCAUCGGCAUUACCUUCCCUUUCUUCGAUGGUCUUCUUGGAUUUUUUGGAGGAUUUGCUUUUGCCCCAACUACGUACUUCCUCCCCUGCAUCAUGUGGCUUGCCAUCUACAAACCAAGGAAGUUCAGCUUAUCUUGGUGGGCUAAUUGGUUCUGCAUCGUACUUGGCGUUCUUUUGAUGAUUGUAUCGCCUAUUGGAGGAUUGAGAACUAUCAUUAUUCAAGCCAAGAAUUAUCAAUUUUACUCUUAAGUCAUCCUCCCUAGACAAACACGGGUCCCUUCAAACGCAAUCUUAUAGAUAUAAGGAAAGCAAAAGAUGCUGCUGAUGAUCAUGAGAAUAGAGUGCAGACUAUGUUACAACUGAGUUUCGCAUUCAUUGUGACACAAAUAGUUUGUCUUUGGAAUAUGGAGUAUUGAUACACUAGUUUUCUCUGUGGGGAAAGGGAAUUCUGGCCGCAGAACCGACUCAAAGUGGGGAAUUUAUGCAGGCCAUCACUGUUUUUCUUUGCUAUUUUGCUUUGUAUACAUUUAUGAAUAAGGCUUCUCGUUGUCUCUGUUUAUGAUUUUCUGAACUGGGUAAAGGCGUUUAACAUUGACACAUUGUAGCGCGUGGCGUUUCCUUCAUUUGCAAUACAUAUUGAUUGUCUU